AUGGCAGCAGAGGAAAGCAAAGGGAAGAGAACGUUGGCAGUCGCGGCGGAGGACGACGCCGUAUCGGGGAAGCAACAAAAGAAGGCGCGAGGAGGAGAUGUGGAGUCAGUUACGGAGGCUGAGGUUGAGGAGUUCUUUGCGAUUCUGAGGAGAAUACACGUGGCGGUCAGUUACUUCAAGAAGAAUAAUGAUCGUAGGAUUAAGGAGGAGGAAGGGUCGAGAUUGAGGGCGAUUUUGGAAGGAGAGAGCAAAGAAGAAGAAAAUGAAAAUGUGGAGGAGAAUUUGGGUCUGGAUUUGAACGCCGUUCCUGCUCCGGAAUAA